UUGGAAAACUUUACAGGGAGCUGCAUAUCAAGAUCUAGUUAGACUUGAAAAUCAACUUGGCAAAACAAAUUCGUGCAGCACCAACCGAUGAAAACCGGGUUAACAGUACCUCUGAUUACUACAGCUGUUUGAAGACUGCUGUAGUAGAAAACAAUUACUACAGUUGUGUGCCACAAGAAUGAGUUCUUCUGACGUACAGGUUCAAGGCUCCAACGAUUGGAGCAUCGCUUCGAAACUAUCAACAGUCACAGCUGGUUACUAUACAGAUUCCUUCAUUUCUUGUUUUGCCCAAAAACCAGUUAAGAGAUCUUCUCUUAUUCACCGGGGCUACUAUGUACGUGCCAAAGCCAUUCACUACAUCUUUAACAAGUUCCUCUCUCAACAUCCAAAGUGUCAGAUAAUCUCCUUUGGUGCUGGAUUUGAUACAUCCUUCUUCAUGCUGAGACAACUCGGUCACAAACAAUGCCAGUAUGUUGAAAUUGAUUUCCCAGAUGUGGUGGCAAACAAAUGGCAGUUAAUCAAGAACCAUCCUUCUUGUUCAGAACUGGCUGCUGAAGGAACCUAUCAUCUUGUAGCAGCAGAUUUGAGAAAUCUUCCAUCACUGACUAAACUACUAUUUGAGAGUCUAUCACUGAAUCCGCUCUUACCUACUUUACUCAUUUCUGAAUGUGCCAUCACAUACAUGGAUGAAACCAGUUCUAGCAAAUUGAUUGAAUGGUGCGCGGACACGUUCUUGAACGCCGUCUUUGCAGUUUACGAACAAAUUCGACCGAGUGAUGGUUUUGGGCGAGUGAUGCAGCAACAUUUUAUCCAACUAAGCAUACCUUUGCUUAGCUUACCCAUUUAUCCUAACCAGGAAUGCCAAAGAAAUCGUUAUCUUCAUAGGGGUUGGUCUUCCUGUGAAAUUUACGAUAUCAACGAAUUCGCUCAUCAGCUUGUAUCUUCUGAUGAGUUGAAUCGUAUGCGGAAACUUGAAACUUUUGACGAAUAUGAAGGUUUCAAUGAAAAGUGCUCUCAUUACAUUAUAUUGACGGCAGCAAAAGGAAUUUGUACAACACCUCUACCUCCCAAAAAGCAAGAAAUCAAAGAUCACCUUUUUGUACCUUCCAACCUCAUAAGUUGGCAACUCAGAGAGUCCUUGAUCCAGCGUUAUGGCCAAGCCGGAUGUCCUAGUUUGGUCGAUGGUGGCAUGUGGAUAGUGGGCGGAUUUGGUGCCCGGCCACAAGGGCAUGGAAGAUUAGACAAUUUGAUCCGUGUCCAUCGGGAUGGAACAAUCGAAUCACAAUUGAAAAACAAACGACUAGCAAGAAUGUACCACUCGCUUCAUUUACUCGAGCCCAUCUCCAGGCUUGUUAUCUAUGGUGGCCGGACACACCCUGCAAUGGCGUUGGGAGACGUAGGCUUUAUCAACGUAAAGAACAAUGAAAUAGAAUGGCUGGAAGGCCAACUCGAAAACGGAUGGCCUGAGCCUCGGUGGCGUCAUGCAUCAUCCAUAAUACCUCCAUGCGGCAUCUUCGUUGGCGGCGGUUGUGGACAACAAAACAAUCUCUUAACUGAUUGUUGGGUGAUGCGGGUCCUUCCGGUUUCAAACAUCGAAACACCAUCCAUCAAAUGGGAACUUUUCGUGUCAUUGCCAUCAGGCCGCCAUUCUGCCACCGCAUCCUACUGGCAAAACUUGAUCGUGAUUUCAGGCGGUUUAGACAAGUCGGAAAUGGCGUCCCGGCCACAGCUGCUUGUUUCAGAUACGGGUAACAGUAGCCAACAGCAAUGGAUAGAACCUGAAUGGCAUGGGCCGUCACCUAUUCCCCGUUACUCACAUCAGGCCCUUGUUACAGCUGAUAAUCGACUGAUACUCGUUGGUGGAAUUUCCACCUGCCACACGAGCUCACCUGGCGUCUGCGUUAUCGAUCUAUUAAAAUGGACGUGUGUCGAAUAUAAGUUACCGAUCCAGGAUAUCAAGCAGCCGGUUAUUCUCGCCAGCUUUAACGCCCAGCUAGACGAAGAGGAGAAAGACGGAACAAAAAUCCUUUGCUGGGGUGGAGGUAGUCCUUGUUUCUCGUUCGGCACACACCUGAAUAACGUUUUUGUGGAAUUAAAAAUUUAAAAAUAAUAAAAGAAAUACAAUACCUUGA